AUGCCUACCAAUUUUCAGGUCAUAGAAAACCAGGAUGAAAUAAUGUUAUUAGGCAUGGACUGGUUCCAAAAGGUUCAUACCCAUCUUCAUUUCAAUGAAAAAAAUUGUUUCUUAGAUACAUGGGACAAUGGUAACUUCUUCGAUAAGUAUAAAGAUGAGAAAAUGGAAGAAGUAGAGAGUUACCAUACUGAUGAAGCCAUGAUUGAUAAGGAAGACUUAUUUACUAACUUAUGGAGAAACGAGUACAGUUCCACCAUUUAUUUAACCAUCAUUAAGGAGUUUCUAACCACUAAAGGACCAGACAAACCUGAGCCAACACCUGAAGAAACUAUCCAAGCAUUAGUACAAACUAACAUUUUAAAUAGAAAACAAAAAGAAGAAGCCCUACUUAUCUUAAAAUGCCACAGCAAAUUAUUCUCUACUGGGUUAGAUAAAUUAGGUUAUAAAGCAGAAGUUCAACAUAAAAUAAACAUAGAGAAUGCAAAAUGA